AUGAAGUUAAACAUCUCUUAUCCAGCCAACGGUACCCAAAAAUGUAUCGAAAUUGAUGAUGAACACAAAUUACGUGUCUUCUACGAAAAGAGAAUGGGCCAAGAAGUCGAAGGUGACUCUGUUGGUGAUGAAUUCAAGGGUUACAUCUUCAAGAUCACUGGUGGUAACGACAAACAAGGUUUCCCAAUGAAACAAGGUGUUAUGCACCCAACCAGAGUUAAGUUAUUAUUAGCCAAGGGUCACUCUUGUUACAGACCAAGAAGAACUGGUGAACGUAAGAGAAAGUCCGUCAGAGGUUGUAUCGUUGGUCAAGAUUUAUCCGUCUUAGCUUUAGCUAUUGUUAAGCAAGGUGACAACGAAAUUGCCGGUUUAACUGACUCCACCACUCCAAAGAGAUUAGGUCCAAAGAGAGCUAACAACAUCAGAAAAUUCUUCGGUUUAACCAAGGAAGAUGAUGUCAGAGAAUUCGUUGUUAGACGUGAAGUUACCAAGGGUGACAAGACUUACACUAAGGCUCCAAAGAUCCAAAGAUUAGUUACCCCACAAACUUUACAAAGAAAGAGAGCUUUAAAGGCCCAAAAGAUCAAGAACGCUCAACAACAAAGAGAAGCUGCUGCUGAAUACGCUCAAUUAUUGGCUAAGAGAUUACACGAACGUAAGGAAGAAAAGGCUGAAAUCAAGAAGAAGAGAGCUGAAUCCUUAAAGGCUUAA